AUGAACCCCAAACCACAAUCUCGACACUCCAGUGCGCGAGGGAAUGAAACCGCCGCACAACACACUACUGCCCAGUCGACACCUCCCGCUCGACAAGCGCAGUCAAGCUCCGAUUCCAGCGAGCAACCGUGCUGUUCCAAACAAGCACAAAUACAAUCAUUGCACACCGACAAUGAUAGCAAAAUUCUCCUUCCAACUGCCAUAGUCGCAGUUGAACACGAGGGUGAAUUGUUUCAACUUAGAGCCCUGAUUGAUCAAGGCUCACAAAGAACUUUCAUUUCCUCGAAAGUUCAAAAACGGUUGAAACUACCAUUCGAACAUUCCAAGUUCGAAAUUUCCGGCAUGGGUGGACAUGUAGUACAAAGCUCCUCAAAGCUUUGUCCACUCACAUUGGUAGCACCAAAAACCAUGCAACGGAUAAACACACAGGCUAUCGUGUUACCUCAGCUCACGAGGCACAUGCCUACAUUCACCAUUAGCCGUGAAAACUGGCAGCAAUUCAAGAUCCUUGAACUUGCUGACCCAAGCUGUCACAUACCAGCUCAAACUGACAUGGUAAUCGGCAGCGAUAUACUUCCACAAAUCCUGCUGGAAGGUAUACAAAACAUUUGCGACACAAUACUUGCGCAAAAAAAAAUAUUUGGCUGGAUUCUCAGUGGUCCAGUAACCGAAAAUGUGGUGUCAUUCUCGACACAAGUAGAAGAGUGCUCGAAUGCAACUCUCAGCUCUCAGCUUCGAAAGUUUUGGGAAGAGGAGGAGAUUCCACAGCCUCCACAAAUUUCCCCGGAAGAUCAGGCUUGUGAGCAUAUAUAUGCAACAACAACGACUCGUGCCCCAAACGGUCGAUACAUUGUGCGACUUCCAUUCAAGGAAGAAUUUCCGAAAAAGCUGUCUCUGGGUCACUCUCGGUCUGCUGCACUGCAGCAGUUUUUUAGCAUGGAGCGAUCGCUUCAGAAAAAAGGAGACUUAGGCACAAUGUAUAACAAUGUGUUGCAAGAAUAUCUCGACCUCGGUCAUAUGGAGCACACGAAGCCAUUUGAGAUAGUAGCUAAUGGCAAAUACUUCUCAUUCUACUUGCCACACCAUGCGGUCGUCAAACCAGAUAAGGUAACCACCAAAGUUCGCGUGGUAUUCAACGCCUCAAAAACAUCUGGUUCAGGAAAAUCCCUGAAUGACGUGUUGCACACUGGUCCCACACUCCAGCCAGAUCUCAUGCUGCUCAUUCUGCAAUGGCGAAUGCACAGAUUCGUGUUCAAUGGCGACAUUGAAAAAAUGUAUCGUCAAAUACUCAUCCAUGAGGACGGUGAAGAUUUUCAGCGAAUCUUAUUUCGCACAUCGGCUGACUCUCCUGUCACCGAUUAUAAUCUUAAAACCGUAACGUUCGGGGUUAAUUGUGCACCAUACCUCGCUAUCCGUACCCUGCAUCAAUUAGCAGAUGAUACGAUAGCGACAUUUCCCUUGGCUGCCACAAUACUUAAAACCGAAACGUAUGUGGAUGACAUCCUAUCCGGAAGUCAUGAUAUUGACAACGCCACUGAAUCACUUCUUCAAGUGAUCAAAGCGCUUAAGUCAGCUGGUUUCAUACUCAAGAAACUAACGGCCAAUCAUCCGGCCAUCUUAGAAAAAUUUCCAAAGGAGGAUCUUCUCGACUCCAACCUUUUGAAAUUUGAGAGCGCUUCCACAACCAAAACUCUUGGUAUACAAUGGAACGCACUCACCGAUAAGUUUUCCUACACCAUUCUGCCUGCAUCGACAUCGAAUGCCGUCACAAAGCGACAAAUCUUAUCCUCUGUCGCAAAACUUUUUGACCCGGCAGGAUGGCUAUCGCCAGUGAUGAUUCAAGCAAAGAUUCUUCUUCAAGAACUUUGGCUAGAUGGCGUUGAUUGGGACGAAUGUGCCAAACCUAUAUCUUUAGCAAAAUGGCAACAGUUCGCAGAAAAUCUGCCAGCUAUCUGCCACAUCGAAAUCCCUCGAUGGGUUAAUUUCACUCCGGGGCAAGAUACCCAAAUCCACGGGUUUUGCGAUGCCUCGGAAAAAGCAUAUUGCGCUGCGAUUUACAUCCGCGCAGAUGCUAGCAACCAAAGAUAUUCCACUCUCUUGGUUGCAAAAAGCAAAGUCGCACCAUUGAAGACGGUAAGCUUGCCACGCCUGGAGCUGUGUGGUGCAGUCUUACUCGCAAAACUGGUCGCAACUGUUCGAAAACAGCUCAAAUUGGAAUCGUGCAACAUAUUCUUAUGGUCAGAUUCAGAGAUUGUGCUAGCUUGGCUUGAAAAGCCACCAUGUACAUGGAAGACGUAUGUAUCCAAUCGUACCUCUCAAAUCCGGGAAUAUCUUCCAACCGGUACAUGGCGCCAUGUUGCCAGCCAAGACAACCCAGCCGACCUCGGCACCCGUGGUUGCAAACCGCAGGACUUGGCAAAUUCCCCACUCUGGUGGCACGGACCAAACUGGCUCUCUUGCCACAUGGAUGCAUGGCCAAGGUCAAAGGCAUGCAGUGCAUCUCCACCAGAAAAGCGCAAGGUGGAAGUAUAUCACGCGCUCGAAGAAGAGGUCGAUUUUCUUGAUCGCUGUUCUUCUUUCUCUCGAGCACUCCGCGUGACUGCGUACAUGUUCCGCUUCGUGAGCAAUGCCCGCAACAAAUCAAAGGGGUUAGCUACAAUCACCUAUCCGCAUCUGACACAUAACGAAUUUCAAUAUGCAAAAAUUCGUCUUAUCAACGCAGCGCAAUCACGCCAUUUUCCGCGCGAAUGCAAUGCAAGAUAA